AUGGAUCAAGGCGUGAUUUCCUGUUUGAAACGAAGGUACAAAAAGAUUUUUCUCCGUUAUCUUUUGCAAGAAGAUUGUUUUGAUUCGAUGAAAGAACUUUUGAAAACGUGGACCAUAAAAGAUGCCAUUUUUGCAGUAUGUAAUGCUUGGGAAAAUGUACCUGCAACUACGUUAAGACUUUCUUGGGCGAAAAUUUUGGAUCAAGACUAUGAUGACGAAGAAAGUAUCGAAGAUACGGUCGAUAAGGAUAUAAAAGCUUGUCUUGAUCUAGCUACAUCUAUUCCAGAUUUCACUAAUGUUGAUGAAGACGAUAUUGUUGAUUGGCUACAAAAAGAUCUUAACGAAGAGGGAUUUGAGCGUUUGAGUGACAGUGACAUAGCAGUUCGUUAUGGCAGCGUAAGUACACCAUCUACCUCACAACAGCCUGAUUCUUCUUCUGAGAGUGAUAAUGAAGAACAUUUUGAAAAAAUACAGACAAGCCAAGCAAUGGAAGCAGUUGAUGUCCUCUUGAACUUCUGCGAACAGGAAAAUUUUGACUUCCAUGACAUUAUUGGCUUAAGAAAAAUUAGAAGUGAAGUAAGGAAAAUUAUUUCAAACCAAAAAAAAACAAAGACUGAUAACUUCAUAUUUUAA